CCAGAACGCUCCUCCUUCUCGUCCCAAUCUCCCGUCGUUGUAUACAGUCGACGACCAGCCUCCUUCUAAGUAUCUCGUGUGCACGGCGGGGCUUGCACUGCCUUGACACGCGCUAAGGAGGCAGAGGCAGCUCGAAAAAGCCCUCCAGCCAACGCCCUCCACUCCCGGAACAACACCUCUCCAAGCCUUCGCAAAGACCAUCCCUCACCAAAAUGGGCGACUCUCUCGUGCACCAGGAGUAUGGCCGCACUCGUGUGCAAUGGCUUGCCUCCCUCAACACCGAAUACCGCCCGCCCACGCAAUUCCGCCGCACGAGUAUCAUCUGCACCAUCGGACCCAAGACCAACUCGCCAGAGAAGAUCAACAUGCUGCGCGCUGCUGGUCUGAACGUGGUCCGCAUGAACUUCUCCCACGGCAGCUACGACUACCACCAGUCCGUCAUCGACAAUGCUCGCAAAGCUGAGCAGGGCCAAGCUGGACGUCCAGUGGCCAUCGCCCUCGACACCAAGGGCCCCGAGAUCCGCACGGGUAACACCCCCGGCGACGAGGACAUCCCCAUCUCUGCCGGCACCGAGAUCAACAUCACCACCGACGAUCAAUAUGCUACUGCCUCCGACAACAAGAACAUGUACCUGGACUACAAGAACAUCACCAAGGUCAUCGAGAAGGGCCGCAUCAUCUAUGUGGACGACGGCGUUCUCGCCUUCGAGGUGCUCGACAUCGUGGACGACAAGACUCUGCGAUGCAGAGCCGUCAACAACGGCAAGAUCAGCAGCAAGAAGGGUGUCAACCUGCCCAAGACCGACGUCGACCUCCCAGCUCUUUCGGAGAAGGACAAGGCCGAUCUCAGGUUUGGUGUCAAGAACAACGUGGAUAUGGUCUUUGCAUCCUUCAUUCGCCGUGCCGAGGACAUCACUGCCAUCCGUGAGGUGCUCGGUGAGGAGGGCAAGGACAUUCAGAUCAUUGCCAAGAUCGAGAACCAACAGGGCGUGAACAACUUCGACGAGAUCCUCAAGGUCACAGACGGUGUCAUGGUGGCUCGUGGUGAUUUGGGUAUCGAGAUCCCUCCAGCACAAGUCUUCAUUGCCCAGAAAAUGAUGAUCACAAAGUGCAACAUUGCUGGCAAGCCAGUCAUCUGUGCUACACAGAUGCUUGAGAGCAUGACUUACAACCCACGACCAACUCGUGCUGAGGUUUCCGACGUCGGCAAUGCUGUUCUCGACGGAGCAGACUGCGUCAUGCUGUCCGGCGAGACGGCCAAGGGUAAUUAUCCCAGAGAGGCUGUCACCAUGAUGCAUGAGACCUGCCUGUUGGCAGAGAUCGCUAUCCCAUACAUCAACGCUUUCGACGAGCUGAAGCAGCUUGCUCCACGACCAGUUCCGACCACGGAGAAUUGCUGCAUGGCUGCUGUGUCUGCCUCUCUUGAGCAGAAUGCCGGCGCUAUUUUGGUGCUGACCACCUCUGGUAACACCGCUCGUCUCAUCUCCAAAUACCGCCCAGUCUGCCCGAUCAUCAUGGUCACUCGCAAUGCUCGUGCAUCUCGAUACUCCCACCUUUACCGUGGCGUCUACCCCUUCCACUACGCUGUCGAGAAGCCAGACUUCAAGACCACCCCAUGGCAAGAGGACGUUGAUCGCCGUUUGAAGUGGGGCAUCAAUAAUGCCAUCAAGCUUGGUGUGCUGAAGAAGGGAGAUCCAGUCAUUUGUGUGCAAGGAUGGAGAGGUGGUAUGGGUCACACCAACACCAUUCGUGUUGUCCCAGCGGAGGAGGAUCUCGGCCUGGACCAGAACGCGUAGAAUGGGUUCGGCAAACGGUCAGCGGCUGCCACUCCGGCUGCUGUGGAGAUCCGGGGAUUCGACUUCUUGCCGAGAGCUGCUCUGGCUGCCUAGGUGGCACAGAAGAGCUGAAUGUAGCAGAAUGAACUGUCAGCGGCCAUGUUGACAACAAAUUCGACAGCGCGUGAUCAUGUUGCAGUUGACGAGACGAAUGAAACGAGCGUACUAUAGAGGCGGCAUGGGAUAAUGAGUACAACCUAGAAUCACGCUUUCUAUCACUCAUGUGAGUGCGAGGCUUUCUUGCUUGUUUUACUGAUAUGCUUUGGAGUUAUAUAGCGGGAAAGAUACCAACGGGCAUGAGCCAAACAGCCCCAGCCUCUGCUACAUACCG